AUCUAAUUCAGUAUCGACCCAGAGUCUCCAAAGUUUUCAUAAAGUAAAAUAGAAUAAAAGCUAAACCAAAAAAAAAAAAAAAAAUAAAAAAUGGCAUUCAGACUUUUUGGAUUAUUAAUUUUAUCAGCGGUUUGCGUCGCUGUGAGGGCCGAGGGACACGCGCACUCUUUUCAGCACUUCCAUGGCCCGGUAAUCGGCGAUGACCAGGAGAUAAAGUGGGUUGACAAGCAUGGACACCAUCACGAGGACUCUGUUGCGCAUCCUCACUACGAGUUCGCUUACGGAGUCAAAGAUCAACACACUAACGAUUUUCACGGGCAAAAGGAGCACCGCGACGGGAACGAAGUGUCGGGUGAGUACACCGUUCAAGAACCCGGUGGUAAUAUCCGGACUGUCAAGUACCAUGCAGAUGAUACCGGUUUCCAUGCUCACGUUCAUAAUAGCAAUGGAAAUGAUCACGGCGAUCGCAGAAGAUAAUUAAAAAUUUUUUUUUCUCACUCAAAUGACUUUCUCAUUCUCAACUAAAUAAAUAUAAUCUAUUUUAA